AUGCCAAGUGAAAUUCUCAAAUUAAGAAAAGCUGAGAACCCGGUUUCCAUAUAUUAUGUGUUUGAUGGUCUUGUUCUUAAAUGUCGUCACGAUACUGUUGUCACUGCAAAUCCUCCCGAUAGUGAGUUUGGCACGAAUCAUGGUUAUGAAAUUGAAUGUGGCGUUUAUUCGGUUCACAUCCAAGUAAACAACGAUGUUCGUCCGCUUAUUGGAGAAUUCAUUAUCGAUGAUACUUUGAAUAAACAUAAUGCUGGUACAGAAAAUUCGGUGCAAAAUAGUCUCAAGGAUAUUCCUGGUUUUAUGCACAAAUCGAUGAACGUAAUUUCGUCAUUAAAAGAAUAUAUUACAGAAAAUAAACAACGACUUAUUGAUCAACAAGCCGAUCAUGAACCACCUGAUGGACAUGCUCAUCCAUAG